AUGGCUGUGCUGUGCGAAUGGAGCGUGAGCCACUCCUCUACACACAUAUGUGGUCUUAAAGGGGCAGCAGUGGUCCUGCCCUGCACAUACGACUAUCCAUGGAAGCUGAGAGGAGACACCUAUCGGAGAGGGGAGUGGUAUAGAGGUAGUGAGAGUGGUGAUGUAGUUAGAGAACACAGCAACACCAUGUACCCAAACUGCAGCCUGAAAAUAGACAAACUCUCAGAGGAACACGAACACAGCAUCACUUCGUCAUCCUGGUUUUACAAGAAGAACGGCAGCAGUAACCCCAAUAAAAUAUAUCAGAAUCGUACAGCUUAUCUGAGAAACACAAUACAUAGCUGCUCUGUGAAACUUAAAGACAUCAGAGAGAGCCACUCUGGGGAAUACUGGUUCAGGUUUGUAACAGGACCAGGGCAAGGAUAUUCAGGACUGCCAGGUGUCAAGAUCUCUGUUACAGGUGGCGACGUCUCCUUCGUCUGGUUCCGGAACUCUGUGUUCUUCAACCACACUGGUGAUAAGAACCUUCACUUCAACCCAGUCAGGGCCCAGGACUCAGGCAAUUACUCUUGUGCUGUUGGGGGACAAGAAACUCUUUCAUCUACAGCUGUGAUUCUCAAUAUCAGAUAUUUACCAAAGUGUUCAUCAAUUUUUCUGAGCCACGCGGAUGCAGAAGUGGCGGAGGGGGUGCUAGUCACUCUGACCUGCAUCUGUGAUGCCAACCCUGCCGUGAGGAACUACACGUGGCACUUCCGCACGACGACCUUGACCAAGGUCAUAGACACAGCAGGGCAGAGUCUCAGCUUCAACAUGACCCCUGACCUCAGUGGCCAUUACUACUGUGAGGCAGAGAAUGCAGUAGGAUCCCAGAGCUCGGCUGAAGUUGCUGUUCUUCUAGAGGGCAAUGAUGCCACAUGA